AUGCAGACUGGCAUAUUGUUGACAACAGAGUCUGUCAGAGGCCAAAAGGUUCAGCAGCCAAGGACAUCUACUACAUCAGCUACAUUCGGAAGUGUGUGUUAUCCUCAGUCAGAACAUCUUGCGGCUCUCAAAGAGCAAAUCUUUCUAUCAAUUGUUCAAAAUUAUCUCCAGACUACACCGCCACAGUCCACUGAGGAGCACAAUAUGUUUAAGGAAUAUGCAAAAGAAAUGAGGUUCAUCAUUACAGGUGUCUCUGUAGGAAGUUUAGUGAUUACGGUGAAGUGUGAAUCUCCAUUGAUCUUGGAGGGGUUGUGGAUAGAUUAUUUAUCUGGUCAUCUUGGUGAAAUGGUUCAAAACAGUUUUGUAACUGAAAAGAUCUUGAAGAAACUGAACCUGGCCAUGCUGAGGCUGGAAACAACAAUGGACAUUGAAGAAUACAAUGCAUGCAAAUUGGCAGUAGACAGAUCAGUAGUAAAAAACUUUAGCGUCUUUGUGUUCGGCCGAGCUACCUUUGAGGAUCUUUCCCUUAAAGGAUACGAUAUUAUCGCAAAUGCCAUAGGUUCUCUUGGUAAGAAAUUUGAAUUGAUAUUUGUUGGCUCAUCUCCUGGUGAACAUCAAAAAGUGGAGCAAUGGUUUCUUGACAACACUUGCAUCAACCGCAGCCAUUUAACCAUCCGUGGAUAUUGCAACGAUCCAGAGGAACUUAAGAUGAUGUACUAUCAGUCAGACUUGGUUGCUCUACCCUCUCGUACCGAAGGCUUUGGGCUUGUCGCGCUCGAAGCCAUUUCUGCUGGUAUUCCUAUACUUGUUUCUGGUGAAUCUGGCAUAGCUGAGGCUCUGAGAGAAGUUGAAGGUGGGAACACUGUUAUUGUUGAAUUAGAUGAAGAUGCAGAUGAAUGGGCACGAAGGAUUAGAGAGAUGUCUGAAGAAAGUGCAGAAGAAAGAGAAGCUAAAGCAAGACGGCUUAGAGAGAACUACAGAAAGGUGUACUCUUGGAGAGCAGAAUGUGAGAGAUUCAAAGGAAUGAUCGAGAAAGUGGUGGAAAAUGCAAAUGCAGUUGAUGAGUUGGAUAUUACUAUUGAUGUGGAAGACCAAAAACCUGCUGAAUCCAAUAAUCUGACAACAACUUCCAUCAUGGAGUCUGAAAAAUACCAAAUGGAUGAGCUCCAAAAGUCAUCUGCUGCACCAGAAAUGCAAGGAAGUGUGUCUCGUCCAGACACAGAAUCUCUCCAGGCACUUAGAGAGAAAUUCUUUUUAUUAGCUGGGAAAAACUAUCUUGAGACUACGCCACCACAGAGCAAGGAAGAGCGUGAUGAGUUCAUGGACUUCAUGCAAGAGCUGAGAGUUCUCAUAAAGUGUGCUAGACAAGGAAGUCUGGUGAUAACAGUGCAAUGUAAAUCUCUCCAGAUCUUGGAGGAAUUGUGGAGAGAAUAUUUAUCUGGUCACUUGGGUGAAGUGGUUCAAAAUUGCUUUGUCACGGAAACGAUCUUGAAGGAACUGAACCUGGCAGAGCUGAAGCUGAAAACAACAAUGGAUGUAGAAGAGUACAAUGCAUGCAAACUGUACUUUGCGAGAGUUGCACUCAGAGUUACUCCACCCCUCGCUGUAACAGACGCCACUGGAAAAAGAAAAGAACUAGAAGAACUCACAGGGAAGGAAGGUAAAUGGAACUUGGAGUUGGAGCACUGUUCAAGUGAAGAGAGACAGGAAAGUGAAGUAGAAGAUCAGAAACUAAAUAUCAAGGUUGACGUGGAACAUGUGAAACUUGCAGAUCAGGACACCUGCAGCACAGCUUCAGUUUCCACAAUGGAUACCACAGAAUGUCAGAAGGCAUCCAUAGUAUCAGGUGCACGCAGAAAAAGACGAUCUGAUACAGAUUUAGAAGAUGUCCAACCACUUGAAAAGAAAGUCCUGUGUUUAAUUGCUAUGAAUUACCUUCAUACUACACCACCAGAAAGCAGGGAUGAAUGCACUGAGUUUCAGGAAUACUUGCUAGACAUGAAGGUCCACAUCACAUGCAUCUUGCCUCUCUCUGCGUCUUUCAUUUUUGAUCCUGUAGAAAAACUAGAAGAACUUCAAAGAAUACAAGGUAGUUCACCCUCUGUUGCAUUGUCCACUGCUGGUCGCAAAAAAGAAGUGGAAGGAAGACACAAACCUACAAAACUUCAGGAAGGAAAAGGUGAAGCCAAGGUUUAG